AUGCCGCUGGAUAUAUUUAAAAAGUUGGGCAUGAGCCCUCCAAAACCAACGACUAUGCAGUUGUUGAUGGAAAACUAUACAGUGAAGAAGACCAUGGGCAAAUCGUUUGAUGUUUUGGUGAUAGUAAACAACUUCAUUGUUUUGGAUGACUUUGUUAUCUUGGAUUAUGAAGUUGACUUUGAGAUGCCCAUCAUCUUGGGAAGACCAUUCAUAGCCAUGGGUAGAACAGUGGUAGCUAUGGAGAAAGGAGAGCUUAAGUUUAUAUUGAAUGAUGAGGAGUUUAAUGAGGGAGAGGAUAGUGAUAAUGAAGAUGUGGAGUUUAAGCCACCAGAGAAGGUAACUACACAGGACCUCCAAUCUGAGGAGGAGUCACAGGAUAAUUCCACAACAACAGCUUUGGAGUCAUCUUCCUCAGUAUCUAAAUUUGAAUAG